GGAUUCUUCUGCCUUGACCGGGCCGCGCCUAUCAUGCGCCUAUACCCCAACUUUCGGACGUUGCACUGCGGCCGGUGUAACUGGGUUACCGAAGGGUUCGGUGCCUCCAUGGGCCGCGUAACAUUGGCCGAUCCGCCUCCGCUUCGGAACCUGACCACCUUGAUCCUCACCCACACCCGGAUAAAUGCCUGGUCCUUGCGAAAUCUCCUGGAUGCGAUAGGACCAGGGCUCUCGAAGGUCCGCAUUUACCGAGAUGGCGAGUUGCUGUUGUCCGUGAACGACAACGACGACGUGGUCGAGCUCGAUGACGCUGUCGCCGCCUUACAACCCUGGCGAGCCACGCUCAACGAGUUGUCCUUCUCGAUAGACGGCAUCGUGCUGCCCCCAUCCCCCAGUCACUUCCACGGCAUGCAUCUUCUGCGCAACUUCAAGGUGCUCAAAGUCCUCCGCGUACACGCGGCCUCCUUCGAUUUCUUCGGGGACGUAGGGGAUCAAGCGGCCGCACUGGAUUCCACGAUCCCCGAUUCCGUGAGCGAGCUGAGACUCUUCGGCUUGAGCAACCUUGCCCCGGCGUUACGAGGCUUGCUAGAGGCACACCGAGCCGGCGGAUUCGAGUGUUUGAGCAAGAUUGAGAUUGAUGAUCAGAAAUUAGAACAGUAUGAGCCAGAGUGGGAGGCGGCCAGGGAUCUUAGAGAUGUGAGAGACGGGUUCCGGUCUGUAGGGGUCAAUUUCAUAGUCCAUUCAGAGUCUGCCCAGUCCGCCGUGGAUGGGUAG